GUGCAAAGCAAAAUUUUACCCCCAGCCUUAAAAGGCAAUCAAGAAUGUCAUUAAAUCUGCCGUAAUGUACGCUGGUGCAGGUCACGUGGCAGUGCGGAAUACUGCUGUAUUCUCGUCUUUGAGCAGCUAACUCUCAGUGUCCUGUUCAUCCGAGACUUAAAACGACCAUUAAACCCCUCAGCUCUGGAGACGGGUACAAUCGCUGGACAUUCCUAACUCUUCUAAACGGUAAUCAUAAUAUCCGAACUACUUCUGUGGGUCAAAGCGGUUUACCUAUCUUUAACAAAUGGAUAAUGGGGACUGGGGGCAUAGGUUGACUCACCCAGUCACCUUAAAUGUGGGAGGUCAACUCUACACGACUUCUAUCUCCACUCUUCAGCGUUACCCCGAUUCCAUGCUGGGCGCCAUGUUCCGCGGCGACUUCCCCACCACGCGGGACGCUCAAGGAAACUACUUCAUCGAUCGGGAUGGGACGCUUUUUCGCUACAUAUUAAACUUCCUGCGCACAUCCGAGCUCACUCUUCCUGUUGACUUCAUGGAGACCGACCUUCUGCGUAAAGAAGCUGACUUCUAUCAGAUUGAGCCUUUAAUCCAAUGCCUCAGUGACCCAAAACCUCUGUACCCACUGGACACGUUUGAGCAGGUGGUGGAGUUGUCCAGCACCCGUAAGCUGUCUAAGUACUCAAACCCUGUAGCGGUUAUUAUCACGCAACUAACCAUAACCACGAAGGUCCACUCGCUGCUUGAGGGAAUAUCCAACAGCUUUACCAAGUGGAACAAACACAUGAUGGACACCAGAGACUGUCAGGUGUCUUUCACCUUUGGACCUUGUGACCACCAUCAAGAGGUGUCUCUAAGGGUCCACCUCAUGGACUACAUCACCAAACAGGGAUUCACGAUUCGGAACACACGGGUGCACCACAUGAGUGAGCGUGCCAAUGAGAACACAGUGGAGCAUCACUGGACUUUCUGCCGGCCUGCAUAUAAAGUAGAAGACUGACCCAUUUAUGAAUGUGGUGCCAUUUCAAAUGUGGUUGCUGCUGUUUUCAGUGUGAUGUUUUAAUAGGUAUUUCAUUGUCAGUUGAGGCCAAGCAAAAAAAAAAAGGAAAGGAAUGAUAUUAAAAUGAUAUAUGAUAUAAAUGCAUAUAAAGAUGGCACUCAAGCAAUAUUCAAUAAUAUAUGAACAUCUUGACCAUGUAAAAAAAAAAUCACUCACCAGAAAAUGUUUCAGGUAUUUAUUCAUUCAUUCCAUCAGAUGAGAAAUCUGCCAAACAUUGUGCACUAUGUGCAACAUCGACAUUUUAGUGUGCAUGUAUUUCUAACACAUUCUAUGUAUUAAAUGUCCACAUGCUCUACAUGGAAA